CGCAUCGGUUCGGUCUUCCUCAAGGAGCAGCAGCUCACGGAUCAGCGCACAGACCGUGAUCCUUGGAUGCUCCAUAUUUAAAUUAGAAUGGAUUUAAACUUCACGCUCUCGGAGCGCAGCCUGGCCGGCUUUGGCACGCUGGCGCAGCGGCUGUUUGGGAACAAGUCGCUGUCUCCCGUUGGGAACGAGACGGGCGCUCCCAGAACCGAGGAAGACGACCUGGAAGUGAACACCGACAUCUACUCCAAGGUGAUAGUCACCGUUAUCUACGCGGCUCUUUUUGCCGUCGGCUCUCUGGGGAACUCCAUCACCCUGUACACCCUGCUGACCAAAAAGAGCCUGCAGAACCUCCAGAGCACCGUGAACUACCACCUGGCCAGCCUGGCCGUGUCCGACCUGCUCAUCCUCGUCCUCUCCAUGCCCAUCGAGCUCUACAAUUUCAUCUGGUUUCACCAUCCGUGGAUGUUCGGGGACGCCGUGUGCAGGGGCUACUACUUCCUGCGGGACAGCUGCUCCUACGCCACCGCGCUCAACAUCGCCAGCCUGAGCGUGGAGCGCUACAUGGCCAUCUGCCACCCGUUCAAAGCGAAGAGCAUCAUGUCCCGGAGCCGCACUAAGAAGCUUAUCAGCGCCAUGUGGAUCGCGUCCUUCGCGCUCGCCACUCCGAUGCUCUUCAUCAUGGGCCAAAUGACCCGCAACGGGGAGAAGAUCUGCACCACCAUCGUUUCCGCUGUCACCAUGAAGACCGUGCUGCAGGUAAAUGCAUUCCUGUCCUUUGUGCUGCCGAUGGUUGCCAUUUCCGUGCUCAAUGGGGUCAUAGCCAGUCAGCUGCUGCGGAUGUUCCAGGAAGCUGAGCAAGACAACCGCAUGUCCAUCACCAGAGGAAACCCCACCAUGCUGAACAUCAUAGUGGAGUCCAACCGCGCUCAGUCGCUUCGCCAUGGAGUUCUCGUCCUCCGAGCCGUGGUCAUUGCCUUUGUGGUCUGCUGGCUGCCCUAUCACGCUCGUCGUCUCAUGUUUUGCUACGUCUCCGACUGGUCAGACAACAUGUACGACUUCUACCACUACUUCUACAUGGUGACCAACGUGCUGUUCUACAUCAGCUCGGCCAUCAACCCCGUCCUCUACAACCUGGUGUCCGCUACCUACCGCCAGAUCUUCUUCACCACGCUGCGCUACUUCUUCAUGCCCUGCCGCCACACACCCAGGAAGCAGCCGCACCCCCUGACCCGCCACUCCAUCAGCAUUUCCAGCAACCACACUUUCUCCACCAACAUGAUCAAAGAAACAACGUACUGACAACACGGAACUGUUCGCUGCUGCGUUGCGGCUCCAGAAGGAAACCUCUGUUAGACGUUGGGUCGCGGUGCUCUUCGUGGAACUGUGGUGAUCAUCAUUUGUCCUGGUAAACCAAGUGCCCACCCAGAGACCACUGUCAUUUGACUGCAACUGCACAAUGUCUUGUGACUUCAUCCAGCAUUGCAUGAAGUUGUGCCAAAAACCAUGAUAGCAUAAAACUUGAAGAAGGAACAAGAGAUACUAACUGGUUCAGUCAUUUGUGAACAUUUUGUUUCUUAUGAUGUUAUGAUGUAUGAACUUCACAGACUUUGUAAUACUUUGGCAAUACUGUCAGUGCCACGGCAGCACAUGGUGUAACCAUCAUCUGUGAGCAUCUGUGGGUAAACCUGACUUUGAUGUUAGAUGAAGAUAAGCAGGGUAAAGGACGUAAAGUCUGUGGAGGAAAACCCCUUUCAUCAUAGGCUCUUUACCCGUCCUGCAUGUCUUGGUUUUGGUCAAGCAAAACUCUGUUGCCCAGCUUUCAGCCUGCAGGAGGUCCUUGUUGUACAGCUCACCCUCUGAUUUCCAGCAGGGUUUUGUAAAUACCCUCACAGGGAGAAUGUUCAUUUCUGACAUUUUUCAGUAGUCAUAGCAAAAACCUGUGAAAGCAUAGCCAGAACAAAAGAGGCUGUGACUGAUUGUUGUAUUUGUGCAUAGCUAUGUCAGAAAUUAUACACUCUGGAAAUA